AUGAUCUUGCAAGUAAAACUUCUUUUGCAGAAGCUUUGGCUUCUUCAACUUGGCUGGGAUGAUCCCGUACCUGUAGACAUUUUUGGAAUAAGGAAAAAUUUUACUUACAACUUGUUACUCGUUGAGUAUUUCAAACUUCCAUGCCAAGUAACCAUUAAAAAUUAUACUUACCUGAAACUCCAUGAUUUCAGUGAUUCUUCGAUAAAUGCCUUUGGCGCAUGUGUUUAUGUCCGUAACCUGGACUCCCUAGAAAAUAUUUCCGUCAACUUACUUUCUGCCAAAAGUCGCGUAGCUCCUUUAAAGGCUGUAUCAUUGCCGCGCCUUGAGCUAUGCGGAGCUUUACUUCUCUCCAGGCUAAUGGACAAAAUCCUAAAAUCUCUGAAUUGUAAGCCAAACAAGGUGUACUACUACACUGACUCCACAAUUGUAUUAUGCUGGCUUUCCCUACAACCAAGGCAACUAAAAACAUAUAUUUGUAACCGAGUAUCUGAAGUCCAGAAAACUACUGAUAUAGAUGAUUGGCAUCACAUCACAUCAAAUCAAAACCCUGCUGAUAUAAUAUCAAGAGGUAUGAGUCCACAAGAGCUUAAAUCUUAUACUUUGUGGUGGCAAGGUCCAUCAUUUUUAUGUCAACCCGCAGAAUAUUGGCCCACAGAUACUCAUAUUUCCAACUACUCACGCAAGGUUUUCGACAAUGACACCCUCGAAAUGAAUCCUAAGUCAAUCAUAGUUGCUUCAACUGUGCCUAAAGUUUCUAUUUUGGAAUUAUUUUCGAAUUUUAAUAAACUUAUAAAUGUAGUCGCUUAUUGCUUUAGAUUUUAUCAGAAUCUAAGGUUACCUAAACCUACACGUCAGAUAGGACAAUUAACGUUAUUUGAACGUAAUCAUGCCUUAACCAUUUUAGUAAUCAUAACUCAAGAAAAAGCAUUUGCUUCUGACCUCCGAGAUUUAAAGAAUAAAAAUCGUUUGCGUUUUCAAAGUAAAUUAAAAGCUUUAAAUCCAUUUAUUGAUAAAAACGGAAUACUGAGAGUAGGAGGACGGCUCGAAUACUCUUCUCUCAACUAUGAGUCCAAACAUCCUAUACUCUUACCAAAAAGACACCCAUUUACUCGUUUAAUUAUCCUUCAUACUCAUGAGAAAAAUUUCCAUGCUGGUACACAGGCCACAUUGUCUUUCGUGAGACAAACAUUUUGGCCCAUUCAAGGAAAAUCUGCUGUGAAAACUGUAAUUCACAAAUGCAUUACUUGUUAUAAACAAAAUCCUAAACCUUUAAGUACCCUGCUGGGAGACCUACCUAAACCUCGAGUAACUCCUUCUAGACCGUUCACGCAUACCGGUAUGGAUUAUGCUGGGUAUUUCAUGAUAAAAGAUUCAAAACUUCGAAAUCGAAAAUUUAUAAAAGCCUACUUAUGUAUAGUUGUUUGUUUAGCCACCAAGGCUGUCCACCUAGAGUUGGUGUCAGAUUUGACUACUCGCGCUUUUCUCGCCAUGCUCAGGCGUUUCGUUUCUCGUCGUGGCUUAUGUCAGCACCUGUAUUGUGACAAUGGCACAAAUUUCGUUGUGGCUAAUGGUGAGUUACAGGAAAUUUAUAACCUUAAUCAAUCCCCUGAGUUUGAAGAAUAUGCUAGAAAUAAUAUGAUUCAGUUUCAUUUUAACCCUGCUGUUUCUCCGCAUCUUGGGGGGUUAUGGGUAAGUGUGGUGAAAUCGUUUAAGCAUCACCUCCGGCGGGUCAAAAUAUCAAAUGACAAUCCCCUCAUUUAUGAGGAGUUUUACACUUCCAUAGUUCAGGUGGAAGCAGUGUUGAACUCACGUCCCCUUUUACCUCUUACUAAUGAUCCCAAUGAUUUUGAAUCUCUGACUCCCGGACACUUCUUUGUCGGCCAUCCUUUAAACCUAGUACCUGAUAUUGAUUUGGAGACUAUGCCAAUCAACAGAUUGAACCGGUACCACAUGCUGCAAUCUUCAGGCAACAUUUCUUCAACAUUUCUGGCGCAGAUGGUCAGAGCAGUACUUACAUACCCUCCACGAGCGAUCAAAAUGGCGCUUUAA